UACACCUAUUUUGACCCUCGCUGGAUGCCGUUAGACGAUUGGUCAAACAAACAGUGUUGUGAAUGUCUCUGUGAUUUCUGGUUUAUCAUUUAUUUCGUUUCGAGACUCAGUGGUUAUUUUGUGUCAUAUUUCAUUUCAGUACAAUAAAACGUAGAUGAUCUGAAAAAACAGUUUUGUGGGCAAUGUAACAGUUCGAUUUUCUGAGCGACAGAAACAUGCUAUGUGUGCAACAAGCAGGAGCUACUAGCUACGAAAUACAGCUUUAGCUCACUAUCCGGAAUCACUCGCGCACCACCCCUGGGCUUGCCAUGCAGCGGGCGUAACAUGCGGGAGCCGCUCUGAUGGAGAAUCAAAAGAAGGGCUCUGAGGGGGAGGAUAGUUCUGGGGAGAGAGGCCUGCUCCAUGCCUGGAAGGGCUACUCCUGCAGCGUGACCCCAGAAAGAGUGCUCCUGUCCAGGCCGGUGCUGCAGGCCGCCCUGGGGACCCAUCAUGCAGUUCUCCUGGUAGAGGGUGGGCAGGUGUACAGCUUGGGCGAGUUGCCGUGGAAGCAGGACGGCGCGUCGGGCGCGGCGGGGCCGGUGCUGGAGGCGGCGCUGGGCGGGCACCGCGCGGUGUCCGUGGCGGCGGGCGCCUUCCACAGCGGGGCGGUGACGGAGGACGGCGGGGUGCACAUGUGGGGGGACAACGUGGCGGGGCAGUGCGGGCUGGCCGGCCGCAGCACGGUGCCCAACCCCACCCCCGUGGGCGUGGCCGACCCGGAGGCCGGCCCGCCGCAGGCGGUGCGCGUGCUGGAGCUGGCGUGCGGCGAGCAGCACACGCUGGCGCUCUCCGCCCGCCGCGAGGUCUGGGCCUGGGGCAGCGGCUGCCAGCUGGGCCUGGUCGCCAGCGGCCUCUUCCCCGUCUGCCAGCCGCAGAAGGUGGAGCACCUGGCGGGCAGGUACGUGCUGCAGGUGGCCUGCGGGGGGUCCCACAGCCUGGCGCUGGUGCGCUGCCUGCCCCCGCCCCAGGAGGCCCAGCGGCGCCCCCCGCAGGAGGACAAACUGUGCGGCCAGUGCAACCAGCUGCUCCUCACCAUGACCGACAAGGAGGACCACGUGAUCAUCUCCGACAACCACUACUGCCCCCUGGGGGUGGAGCUGGCCGAGGGGGAGGGGGAGGCGGGGCUGGGGGCGGGGCUUGGCUCUCCCGCGCAGAGGCUCCGGACCUCCCCCUCGGAGCCGGCGCUGUCUGGCUCCGCCCCUCUUACCGCGCUCGACGAGGCCCCGCAGGAGCCCCGCCCCCUGGAGAGAACGCCCGCGCGGUCCGGCCACAGGGGGGCCGAGGGCCCGGAGCCGGCGGGGGGGGGCGCCCCCGAAACGGACCCCGACUCCGCCCCUCAGACGGGGGACUGCUGUAAAACGCCGGGGGGAACGGGGGCGGGGUCCAAGAACUCGCCCUAUCCCGACGAGCAGGCGGUGAAGGACUACCUGAAGAGGCUGUCCGACCUCUCGGCGGCCGAGCAGGCCAGCAGGGGGCCCGCCGCGGUGCAGUGCGCUCAGCCUUUGAGCGAGCUGGCGGACCCCUCCGACCCCGACCUGGACCCCGACCCCGCCCCCGACCUGGACCCCGCCCCCCUGCCCGCCGCCGCGGUGGGCUCCGCCCUGAACAGCCUGGUGGUGUCGUGUGCCUCGGCGGUGGGGGAGCGCGUGGCCUCCACCUACGAGGCGCUGUCCCUGAAGAAGGUCAUGAGCUACUACUACCCCGCCGGGGCGGGGGCGGGGGCGGGGGCGGGCGGGGGCUGCGUCCCGGGGCCCCCCCCUGCCCCCGAGGGCUGCAAGGAGACGCGGGAGGAGCAGGUGCGCCUGGAGGAGUCCAUGCAGGGCAAGAAGAGCUCCAGCCUGGGAGACAUUCGGGAGGAGGAGGCGGGGGGGCUGAGCAGGAGGCUGUCCCUGCCCGGACUGCUCUCUCAGGGUACUUACUUUAUUCACCUCAUGUCCCUGCAUAGGGCGCUGUUGUCUCCCCGCCUGCUCCGGAAGGCGGGCCGGCCGCGGGUUCGAGCCGUGGCGCUCACGCCCACCCCCGUGGCGGAGCCCGAGGACCACCUGCCCUCCCUGCACACGGAGGUGUGGAGCUGGGGGCGGGGCAAGGAGGGUCAGCUGGGCCACGGGGACGUCCUGCCCAGGCUGCAGCCGCUCUGUAUUAAGAGCCUGAGCAGUAAGGAGGUGGUGCGAGUGGCAGCGGGGGCUCACCACUCCUUAGCCCUGACUGCACAGUCUCAGGUGUUCUCCUGGGGCAGUAACAGCUCGGGGCAGUUGGGACACAUGGAGUGCCCCAGCACCGUGCCCCGCCUAGCUAAGAUGUCGGAGGGCAUCCGCGUGUGGGACGUGGCGGCGGGGCAGCAGCACACGGUCCUGCUGGCGGACGGGGACUGCUUCCAGCCCAUCCUGUACUACAGCGGCCAGCAGGUCCGCGACGGGGCCCCCAGCAGCACCCCGCCCGAAACAGGGGGGUACACCCAGCAGCCCGUCCUCCUGCCCUUCUGCAUGAACCUGGGCUACGUGAGCAGCGUGUUCGCGGGCGGGCAGAGCUGCCUGGCGCUGGCGGACAGGAACGUGAUGGGCUUCAUCGCCAGCCUGCACGAGCUGGCCGCCGCCGAGCGGAGGUUCUACUGCAAGCUGAGCAACGUGAAGAGCCAGAUACUGCGCCCCCUGCUGGGCCUGGAGACCCUGGGUGCGGCUCUGGGCCCGGCCCUAAACCCGCUGCUCCAGACGCUGGCGGGGCACUUCAGCCGGCUGUGCCACCUGACGGGGCAGCACUCCGUCUCGCUGACCGGCUUCCUGCGCCGCGGCCGCCAGCGCGACGUCAAGGGCCUGGUGAUGCUGGAGCACGCCGCCACCUUCCUGGACACCUACAAAGAGUACUGCAGCUCUGUGGGGAACUUCCUGGUGAUGGGGGGCUUUCACGCCCUGGCCAAACCUUCCCUGGACUUUUUUGGGAAGAGCCCCGAGCUGCUGCAGCGUCUGGCCGAGUCGAGCGAGGAGAGCGCUCCCCUGAGCGACCUGCUGGCGGCGCUCUUCUACCUGCCCGUGCGCCACCUGCACGAGUACGGCCGGCUGCUGCUGAAGCUGGCCACCUGCUUCGAGGUGGUGCGUACCCAGGAGAGCGCAGCCACACACCCACAAUGCACCUCCGGCAUGCAUAGCACGCUGGAUUACCAGAAGCUGCAGGACGGCUGCUCCAAGUACGAGGCCCUGACCCUCCUCCUGAAGAAGAGGAGGAAGGAGGCGGAGUACACCUACCACUUCUGGAAGAGCUUCCCCGGGAAGAUGACGGAUUCCCUGCGGAAGCCGUCUCGCCGCCUGGUGUGCGAGAGCAGCAACAAGGCCCUGACGCUGCAGAACGCCGGAAGGUUCUCCGUCAACUGGUUCAUCCUGUUCAACGACGCGCUGGUGCACGCGCAGGGCGUGUCCCCCUCUAAGAACAUUUUCUCCACCCACCACGUCUUCCCGCUGGCCACGCUGUGGGUGGAGCCUAUUUCCGAGGAGGACACCGGCCUGUACGGGCUGAAGGUGACCUCGCCCGAGGAGAGCUUCAGUCUGCUGGCCUCCUCCCCCAUGGAGAAGGGGAAGUGGCUGCGUGCGAUUAAUCAGGCCGUGGACCAGGCGCUGAGCGGGGCCGGCGGGGAGGCGGCGGCGGCGGCGGCCCCGGGUUCGAGUGUCCCUCAGCGGCCCGAGCCCCCCAUAUCCCGCACGGCGUCCUACACCUUCUACAAGGACAGCCGCCUGAAGGAGGCCACCUACGAGGGCCGCUGGCUGGCCGGCAAGCCGCACGGGAAGGGGAUUCUGAAGUGGCCAGACGGACGGACGUACAUCGGGACGUUCAAGAACGGCCUGGAGGACGGAUUUGGGGAGUACCUGGUCCCAAAUAAAAACCUCAACAAGAACCAUCACUACCACGGGCACUGGAAAGAGGGGAGAAUGCACGGCUUUGGGACAUACAGGUACGCGUCGGGGGAGGUGUAUGAGGGCUCCUUCCAGGACAACGCGCGGCAUGGCCACGGCAUUCUGCGCAGCGGCAAGCACACCUCUUCCUCGCCCAGCGUCUUCAUCGGCCACUGGGUGCAGGACAGGAAGACGGGCUACGGCGUCUUCGAUGACAUCACCAGGGGAGAGAAGUACAUGGGGAUGUGGCAGGACGACCAGCGUCAGGGGAACGGUGUGAUCGUGACGCAGUUUGGGCUGUACUACGAGGGCGCCUUCAGCAACAACAAGAUGAUGGGCACGGGGAUCCUGCUGUCGGAGGACGACACGGCGUUUGAGGGGGAGUUCUCCGAGGACUGGACUCUCAGCGGGAAGGGGACCCUGACCAUGCCCAAUGGGGACUACUUUGAGGGCACUUUCAGUGGAGUCUGGGGCACAGGCCUGAAGGUGUCAGGCUCCUACUACAAGCCCAACCUUUACGACUCGGACAAGGACAAGAACCGGGCUGUGAAGCUGGGCGCUCUGGCGGUGCGGGCGGAGGGGAAGUGGCGGGCCGUGUUUGAGGAGUGCUGGGCUCGGCUGGGCUGCGAGGCUCCAGGGCAGGGAGAGAACUGGAGAGCCUGGGAGAACAUCGCCGUUACCCUGACAACCAGCCGCAGACAGCACAAAGACAGCCCGGAGCUCCUGAGUCGCUCCCACAAUAAAACCCUGGAGAGUCUGGAGUUCAUCCCGAAGCACGUGGGGCCUGUUACCAUGGAGCGCUACGAGAGCAUCCGCCGCUACCUCAUAAAGGCGUGUGACACGCCCCUGCACCCCCUGGGCCGGCUGGUGGAGACGCUGGUCACCGUGUACAGGAUGACCUACGUGGGCGUGGGAGCCAACCGCCGCCUACUCCAGCAGGCCGUCAACGAGAUCCAGUCUUACCUCAGCCGCAUCUUCCAGCUGGUCAGGUUCCUGUUCCCUGACCUCCCAGAGGAAGGCGGUUUAAUACCAGAAAGCAGCUGUGACUCCCCAGAUAAGAAGCCCCGCCCCUCCUCCUCAGACACGCCCGUCCAGCCAGAGUCGCCCCAGCCCGGGCGUGUGGUGAGCAGCUCCGCCCUCCUGCUGCCGGUGCUGCUGCCCCGCCUCUACCCCCCGCUCUUCACGCUGUACGCGCUGGAGAAGGAGCGCGAGGAGGACGUGUACUGGGAGUGCGUCCUGCGCCUCAACAAGCAGCCCGACCUCGCCCUGCUCGCCUUCCUGGGAGUGCAACAGAAGUUCUGGCCGGUUUCCAUCUCAGUCCUGGGCGAAAACCAGCAGAUUCUGUCCGGUUCCAAGGACGUCUGCUUUGCCUCAGCUGUGGAGACCCUGCAGCAGAUCAGCACAACGUUCACCCCUUCGGAUAAGCUGCAGGUGAUCCAGAUCACCUUCGAGGAGAUCACACAGGAAGUGCUGGCCCUGCUGAAGGAGGACUUCCUGUGGUCCAUGGAUGACCUGUUCCCCGUCUUCCUGUAUGUGGUGCUGCGCGCUCGGAUCAGGAACCUGGGGUCGGAGGUCAGCCUGAUCGAGGAUCUGAUGGAUCCGUGCGUGCAGCACGGGGAGCACGGGAUCAUGUUCACCACGCUCAAGGCGUGCUACUAUCAGAUCCAGCACGAGAAGGUCACGUAGAGAGACGCCUGGGCUGGGCUCUCGUCUGGGCUCUCUGGGCCUGGUUCUGGUUCUGAGACGCCGGGGCGGAGUGCCGGACGGACGGACGGACGGACGGACGGACGGACGGACGGGCUGUCACAGGCUCCAGGGAGCGAACGAGACGAAGUGUUUGGAGAGCAGAAUCAGAAGCGAACGUCACAGGCUGUGAUCACCACGUGCACCUGGCACAGACUUAAGGAGGAGCGCGUGCUUUUACCUCUCAACAGACCUCACACCCCCCCUGCCCCUCCCCUUCUCAAAAUCCCUCCCCCUCUGCCCAGAGCACAACACCCCCCCCCCCCUUCCCUCACGCUGGGCGUGCUCCUCAACCUUCCUGUUCCAAAGAAGCACUUUUUUUUACGCCUUUCUUUUGCCACGAGUCAGUAAUACAGGAGAGCUGCUGCAGCAGGACGGUCUGCACAGAGAGAGCUGGGUCAGAGCAGGCCUGGAGUCCCGGUCCCAGCCGGGGAUGUCCGCUCCGGCCCCUGGCUUUAUCUCAAGCCCUUUACGGCCUGGGACGUUCCGUGUCCCAGCAUGCAUUUCCCUGUCGUGGACACCACAGUAACACCUUUAUCACCCGGAGCGAAGGAAGCUCCUUCGGCCCCCCGGAGCGUUCCGGAACUGUUUGUGAUGAUGUCACAAUGGCCUCUGCCCGAGUGUUCUCCCCGUGGAGGAUAGCCGCCUGCCCCCGUGGAGGUUACCACGGAGACGCGUGCUGGAUUUAGACCAAUGGCGGACCGUGCCGUUGCUGACCACGAACAGUGACCGUGACCGAUUCCGCUCUCAGCACCAACACUUUUGCGCGUCCUUGGUCCGUAUGUCACAUGGGCAGUAUUACCCGCAUAAAUAUACUGACCUGACAACUGCUACUCCUGCACUGAAGGGGCUAAAAAAAAAGAUUUUAGAAACGCACGUUUCUAAAAAAAAAAUACUUUUAUAUAAAAAAAUUUUUGAUGCCCAGUAAUACUGUCAGUAUAAAAUUAAAACACGCUUACAUAGUUUGGUGGUUAUUUGGAGUGAUCUUGAAGAUACAGAGUGUUGGUGUCAGCAGUUUGGUAUGAUGUUCCUGUUCCGCCCUGCAUUGACGCUAAUGCAGACCAAAUACCGUCACUGCCAAAACAGUCAAUUUAUGCUUUAUCAAGUCUUUAGUCUUUUUAGAGGACUCCAGAUGCACAUGUGUCUGGUCGGACUUCCAUACAGUAUUGUACUUGGUUCAUGGGGCUGUGUGGCAGACGGCAUUUGCAGUCUUAAUUAAAAAAAAAAAAAAAAACAGGAAAUCACCAAGGUCUUCCGGUGGGUGUUUCCUUGGAAACUGUUACUAUAGAUGUAGGUGGUGUGGUGUUCUCUAUGUAUUAUACGGUAUGCGUAAAAAGUUUGGCUACCUGUCUUACAAACAUUUCCCCAUCUUAUUAUUAUUAUUUUUUUUUUCUUUCAUGUGUCUGCUCAGUACAGGAAGAAAUGAGAACACUUUACAGUCGUUCUUAUGCGGAUGAAUGCAGAAGUGUUUCACACGCGUGUGCAUCCGUGUCUUCAUUGUGACGGUCUUAACACAGGUCUAAUCCAGCACAGCGGUGUGUGCAGUGGACUGAGACUGAGAGUGAAAUACCCGUCUGUUAACCCAGGGAAAAACUUUUUCUGUUCCGAAUGUCACAGGAGGACUGCCAGGACCGGGUUUUGCAGUUCUGAGUAAGUGCUAGCAGUUGAAAUUGGCCUAUUUGUGAACCUCUUACAGCAGUGCUAGGAGAAAUGAAGUGAUAACUUGUACGCAAUACACGGAAGACGUGCUCUACUACAUCACUCGCCUUAUUGCAGAGGAAGUCGUUGUGAAAGCAAUACUGUAUUCAAUUCUGAUGGGUAAGGGGGGGAUUUUCGCUGGGGUUGCCUGUACAGAUGAAGUGUUUACUGAGCCGAUCAGACGUCCAUUUUACGCAUGCCAUCGAUGACGCUAACCAGCAAAACUAACGUUGCACUGACUCCUCUGUUCUGGUCCUUCUUCGUCAGACCUUUAGAACUAGCCCCUGCUGAAACGGGGGGGAAACCCCUUUCACACGGCCAGACGGACUGACUGACUGAUUCGUCGUAGAGCAGUAAAAUGGCGCCAAACUGUUUUAUAAUUUUCGUAACACUGAAAAAAAAAAUUAUUAUUUUGAAAGUGAAAUGUACUGCAGUUAGUAGCUUCUUAUUAAUUUAUUUGAUGUAGGUCUUCUAAAGAGUCUGUAUAUACAUUUCAGGUUACCUUGAGUUUGACUUUUGAUUUGAUUUUUGUUAAACUGACCCUGAGUAUGUUAACAUUUGUGAUGCUGACUGUUAAGAAUAAUUUCUGGAUGCAUAUCUGGUUAAUGCUUGCAACAACAAAAAAUAUAAAAAUAGCUCUGUAGGUGUCUUGAAUUGAAGCUAAUUUCUUUUUUUCAUCAAAUGCGGGCCAAGGGUUAUGAUUCGCAUCUGAGUGGAGAUCUGACUGUUCACACAUUUUGCCCAUUGCUUGUCCACACCUUACACAGCCACAGUGUUGCAUGCCAUAUUUCAACAGUGUUCUCUCUCACCCGGAAGAAUGUGCAACUUCGGUUCCAGGUCAAUAUUUUUUUGCGAGUUCAUGGAAAAUGUUUUGGGUUCGCUCCUCACGUGUGUAUUACUGUUUUCUUUUCCUUUUCCUGGAAUCGAUUAAUCGGAUGUUACCUGUACAUGUCAAAUUCAACGAAAACACUCUUAAUAUGAUCUUGGGGCAAUAAAACUUGAUUAAAGGAUGAAGAAAUGGC